AUGAAGGUCUCGACGAGAUCUCGAGCCUCGUGGCGAUGGUAUGCUGCGCUUGGCGCCAUCCUCCCACUUGCUUUGGCCCAGGCGAGCCCGGCUGUCAAUGUAGCAUUGCAGGCCUCGUUUGAUUCGUCCCCAUAUCUAGUGGAGUUGCUUGAAACCGCAGCGGAGGAAAAUGCAACCUCCUAUUUCCCACUUCUAGAUCGUAUCGCAGGUGGUGCCUUCGAAGAAGCUGUCUCGGAGAAGGAGCUAUACGAUCGUUUCCUGCAAGUCAUUCACGAGGAUGGACACCUACGUACUCCCGAAAGUCUCUCGUCGUUUAAACUGGCCAUGUCAAUUCGAUCCUCCGCCCCUCGAAUCCAGGCCCAUUAUCAAUAUUAUAACACGUCAGUCCAGCAAUCGUUGAUGGCGGCGCAGGAUGCAGCUUGUCCCGUGUGGGUCCAUCUCGAGGGGAAACAAUAUUGCUCGUCUCUUAUGGAGCGCGCACAACAAGACGUUGAAGGAGACUCAGACCCCCGAGACUUAUCGAUUGAUCGUGUCUUUGGCGAUAAAUCGCUUCCUCCCGCCGUUCUCUACGCCGAUGUCUCGGCACCGGCUUUUAGGGAGUUCCACGAAAAGUUGAGUGAUAUGGCAAAGCAGGGCGAGAUCUCAUAUCGUGUUCGCUAUCGUCCACCUCAGCACUGGAUCUCACGGCCCCUCUUUGUGUCCGGGUAUGGUGUGGAACUUGCUUUGAAACGCACGGACUAUAUCGUCAUUGACGAUAGAGAUGCGGAGCAACUGAGUGACAGUGUCAAAGAUGACGCUGGUAAAAGCUCAGACGAGCUGGAACGAGAUGCGACAGACGACCUCCGUCCUCUCUCUGCCUCAGAGCUUUCGCGACUUGGGUUAAAUACUGCAAGCUAUGUAUUGGACAGUCAGGAUCCCUUGAGAACACUACUCGGGAUAUCCCAGGACUUCCCCAAAUACUCUACAGCAAUUGCAGCACACAAUGCAUCAGAUGAGUUACGACAGGAGAUUCGGCACAAUCGGGGACGUAUGAUCCCAGCGGGAUACAAUAUCAUGUGGAUCAACGGCAUGCAAAUCGAUGCUCGACAGAUUGAUGCUUUCUCUUUGCUUGAUAUCCUCCGCCGCGAGAGAAAACUGGCAGAGAACUUCCGCCAUCUCGGUUUGACUGCCCAGGAGGCCGUGAAGCUCCUGUCGCACCAAGCCCUAGCAGAGGCACAGGCUGAAGAGCAGCCCCCUCGCUAUGAUUAUCGCGACACUCCCGAGGGCGGACAGGUUGUCAUCUGGAUGAAUGACGUUGAGAAUGACUUACGCUAUGAAUCUUGGUCUAGCGCUCUCGAAGGAUAUAUUGCAAACCCCUAUCCGGGCCAGCUACCUCGAGUCCGCCGAGACUUGCACAACGUGAUCUUCCCUGUGGACCUGUCCAACCCCGAAGACAUCCUUUUAGUCGUCAACCAAAUUCAAACGUUCAUCAAUCGUUUGAUCCCGAUUCGAUUCGGUCUAGUGCCGACCCCCUCGUCUCCGAACGCCAUCUCGCAGCUCAAGGUUGCGCAUUAUCUAUAUGACACCUUCGGAUUGGAGGCACUUCUUCAUUAUUUGCAAGAGUCUGUUUCAUCAGGCAAAGCUGGAAAAGCUGACAAGGCUGCAUUUGCUGCGGCUACAAAGGAACUUAAGCCGAUGCCCGAAAAACAAGCUCUAUCUUUCGACAAGGUGCUCAAGAGUGAUCUCUAUGAGGCCGCCGUUAAGCGAAGCUCCGACUACCAGCGCCGUCUUGGGCUUGCUGGCCCGAAUCCUCCUCUUCUUGUCAAUGGUAUCCCAGUUCCUCGGGAAAGCAAUUGGAUGCAAGAGUUGAGCAGGUUGAUUAGCAAAGAUCUGAAGCUGGUUCAACAAGGAAUUGUUGAGGAGACUUUGACGGAGAGAACGCUGCUGUCUGAAUAUCUCCUCGCGGACGCUUUUGAGAGGCGUAACACUUUGAUCAUGCCCGAAGACCCCAAGGGUGUGCGUAUCGCGAAUCUCGUGACCAUUUUUGAAGCCGAUUCGACGGAGCAAGAAUUCUUCCCCCGGAUUCCAACGGCGGAAGAUGUCCACGGCGGCGUGCAUGUGAUUGUCGUUGGCGACUUCGAAACCGAUUCUGGAUUGAAGCUUCUGACUGACGCCUUGUCUUUCCGAAAGGAAAAUGAAGAAAUCGAGUUGCUGCUCGUGCACAAUUCAGCAAGCCAGAGUGAGCAAGUAACGUCGCCGUUCGACGGACUCCAGGCGUCGCUCUCAAAGGCAAGUGAUAUUGACCAUUUGCUCGAUCUUCUGUCCUUCACGGAAACUGCGCAAUCUCCGACAGAAGAAGUUGCAGAGGUCAUUGGGGCUCAUCGGCGUCUCGCAAGGGCUUUGGGUUUCACGCCUGGGACCGAGGGUCUUGUUGUCAAUGGCCGAGUAGUCGGUCCGAUUCCGGCCGAUGAUCAACUCAGUGUCAAAGAUCUUGGUCAACUCAUCAUGUAUGAGCGAGCAAAGCGCAUUGAGCCCGUCAUCAAAGCGUCCCUGUCGCUUGGCCUGGAUAAGAAGCUCACCAAGCCGCUCGAUAUCGCCAAGCUCACUUCCAUGGCUGCACUCUCUGCAAUCUCGGACGUACCUGAAGGUAUCUUUGAGAAUGUACCUGAUUUCCGCAUGAAUGUCGAGAGUAGAUGGAACACUGAGCAUUCAGUCAUUACUAUCUCCAACUCUGAUGAUCCAGUCAUCAAUGUGGGUGUAGUCAUUGACCCUGCAUCCGAGACGGCUCAGAGAUGGCUGCCAAUUCUCCAAGUGCUCUCUGAAUUGGCUGGUGUUCAGCUAAAGAUUUUCUUGAAUCCAAAGGACGAGCUGAAGGAGCUUCCAAUUAAGCGAUUCUAUCGUUAUGUUCUGGGUUCAGAACCAUCCUUUACGAGCGAAGGAGCCUUGACGCGUCCCAGUGCCUCAUUCAAGGGUGUCCCGGUCGAUGCACUGCUCACUUUGGGCAUGGAUGUUCCGUCGUCUUGGCUAGUGGCACCUAAGGAGUCUGUCUAUGACCCUGACAAUAUUAAGCUCAGUACACUCAAGCCUGGGGCCAAUGUUGAUGCAGUGUACGCUCUGGAACACAUUCUCAUCGAAGGCCAUUCUCGGGACACGACCACUGAGUCUCCACCCCGUGGAGUGCAGCUCGUUCUAGGAACAGAGAAUAACCCCCACUUUGCUGACACAAUCAUCAUGGCCAAUCUUGGGUACUUCCAAUUCAAAGCCCAGCCUGGUGUGUGGCAAAUCAAUCUCAAGCCCGGUCGCAGUGAGAAGAUUUUCAAUAUCGACAGCGCUGGUGGUCUCGGAUAUAGGCCUCAGUCUGGCGACGAGGUCACAGAAGUUACUCUGCUGUCCUUUCAGGGACUCACUCUUUUCCCACGUCUUUCUCGAAAGCCCGGCCACGAGGAUGACGACGUGCUUGAAUCUGGGCCUCAGCCUGGCUCUACACGCGAUUUUUUCUCCAAGGGCCUAAACUUCGCCUCUGGCGUGCUUUCGAGCGUUGGGGUUGGAUCCAGAUCGGAAGAGAAACAUGCUGACAUUAACAUCUUCUCUGUCGCCAGUGGUCAUCUGUAUGAGCGCAUGCUCGACAUCAUGAUGGUCUCUGUUAUGCGACACACCAAACACACCGUCAAGUUCUGGUUCAUUGAGCAAUUUCUGUCACCAUCUUUCCGUGCAUUCCUUCCUCACCUCGCCGAGGAAUAUGGCUUCUCCUAUGAGAUGGUGACGUAUAAGUGGCCGCACUGGCUGCGACCCCAGAAGGAGAAGCAACGUGAGAUUUGGGGUUACAAGAUGCUUUUCCUCGACGUUCUCUUCCCUCUUUCUUUGGAAAAAGUCAUCUUUGUCGACGCUGAUCAGAUUGUGCGAACUGACAUGUACGACCUCGUCACGCACGACCUGGAAGGCGCACCGUACGGUUUCACUCCCAUGGGUGAUUCACGUACCGAAAUGGAGGGCUUCCGCUUCUGGAAACAGGGCUACUGGAGUACUUUCCUACGUGGCAAGCCGUACCAUAUCUCCGCUUUGUACGUUGUCGAUUUAAACCGAUUCCGGGCUCUCGCCGCGGGCGAUCGUCUCCGGGGGCAGUAUCAAAUGCUUUCUGCCGAUCCAAACAGUCUCAGCAAUCUGGAUCAAGACCUCCCGAAUCACAUGCAACAUCACAUCCCUAUUCACAGUCUGCCGCAAGAGUGGCUGUGGUGCGAGACGUGGUGCUCCGAUGAAGACCUCGCGUCUGCGAGGACCAUCGAUCUCUGCAAUAACCCGAUGACGAAGGAGCCCAAGUUGGCUCGAGCCAGGAGACAGGUGCCAGAAUGGACUGUUUAUGAUGAUGAGAUUGCGGCACUGGCAAAGCGCGUUGCUGCCGAGCAGGUUGGGUUUGUUCAAACUGGUGAAGAUGCUGGGCAGGGUGUGGUAAACGGCAAUAAGGUGCAGAAUGGGGAGGAAGAUACUCGCAAGGAUGAGUUAUAG